GAGACUCUGACACUUUUCUGUCCCAGAGAAGAAGAAACAGCAGCUUCAUCAGCUGGAUCAGAUAUGGCUCUGUGGGCUGACUCCAAACUCCUCUUCUCCUGCAUCCUCUUCAUCACCUUCUGCUGCUCAAUGACUCGAGCGCAGAUGGCCAUAGACUGCUGCCUUUCUGUGUCUCAGAAAUCAAUAGGAAAAGGGCGGAUCGUGGACUACCAGGACCAGGCUAAAGGCUGCUCAGUUGCAGCCAAGAUACUUGUGACCAGAACUGGGAGGAACCUGUGCGCCCCCCUCAAUGAGAAGUGGGUGCUAGACGUCAUGGACCACGUGGACAGGCUGAAGAAACGCUGCAAGAAAAACAACUACCAGGGCACACGCUGCAGAGCACUGAGACACUGAGCCGACGCCUGAAGAAAACGAGUCAAACCCUGGAAAUUAAAAAAUUAUUCUGUUUUUCUUUCUGUUACUAAAAACUUUCUUUUGUCUUUCAUAAAACGAUGUUGAAUUAAGCUGAAGUAGAAUGUUUUACUGCACUUUGUUCUUAUUAUAAACAUGGUUUGUAAAAAAAAAAACUGUGAAUGAAAACGAGGUUUUGCAGCAACUUAAGCUAAUUUAUAUUUUUAGCAGUGAUUUUUUAAAUAAACCUUGUUUUGUUUCCAGAUUGUAAUCCUGUUUGAUUCUUUCUCUUCAUUUUCAAAACAUCAAACUUUAAUCUGAUUAAUGUUCUUGUUUUUAUUUUAGAUUAAAUUGAGACAAAGCUUGUCAGACGUGUUUUAAUGCUGAAAUAAAAACUCUGAAAUACUUCA